CACCCAUGUUUGAGGGAAAAGAAAACAGCAAGAACUUGGCUCUGGACAGUGCUGCUCUUAGAGAGGACCGGUACUACACAGCUGGCAGAGCCAUUGCUGUAAGCUUGGUCCAUGGCGGUCCGCCACCAAACUUCCUCUCACCAACAGUAUUUUCUCUUCUGGUUCAUGGUUCAGCAAAACCAGUGCUAGAAGACAUAGCUGACAUGGAACUUUUGGAAAAAGUCAAAAAGGUAUCUGAAAGUACAACCCUUGAGGACCUUGAGAUGUCAAAUGCACCUCUGCUUGACAACUUGGCCAAUGCAGGAUGUCUGAGGCCUAUGCGAUCUAUAAGAGACAGGGAUUUGCUGGUACAUGACAUUGUCAUGUUCCAGGUCAUCCACAGGGUUCAAGGUCCAUUUCAGAGAUUCUGUGAAGGACUGAAAACUCUUGGCGUUCUCGAGAAAAUCCGUAGGCAUCCAGACAGCUUUCGCCCCCUGUUCUGCUAUGAGCCAAGCACACUGACUGCUGACCAUGUGGAUGAUGUUUUCAGCAUUUGUCUGUCUCCAGAAGGGAGCAACAAGAGAGCUGCUGAGGAGAUGGUUGUUACCUUCUGGAAUUACCCUCUGCAUCUCCAGGAUGCAGAGGAGGAAGAAGGGCCAUCCAAACUACAGAAAAUAUUGUCCUUUGCAACUCGAGCAUCUGUGUUACCACCUAUUGGCUUUUCUCCAACUCCCUCCGUCCAGUUCAUUCAUAAAGAAGAUGACGACUUCUCUACACCAAUGUUCCCUGUGGCCAACACAUGCGUUAACUGCAUCAAGUUGACACUACAUGUGUCAUACCAACUGUCCAAGGAGAAGUUUGACUUUGCAUUAGGAAACACAUAUGGGUUUGGCAGGGCAUAAACCUAUGCUCUGUCUAUGAAAAAAGUAAAAAAUACAACCGUUGCAUUUCUGAAUGCCCACUUCCUCUUAAAAUGUUAUUGCCUUCUGCAGUUAAGUGUUCAAUUAUAAAAGAAUAUUGAGUCAUGGUGUAUUUUAUAUUUCCACCGCAAUUCAACUGACUCAGGAAACUUAUGUUUGAAACAAAUGUUCACAUUUAUGUCUCGUAUUCAUACUGUUGACUGUUCAUACAUACGAUUAGAAUUUAGGCAAUUAGGCGUGAACAUAGUAUCAUGCUCUGUAUCUCUUUCUGUGUCUCAUGUUAUCUGUCUCUUGUAUGUCUCUCUCCUUAUGUCUGUGUCUGUCUGUCUCUCUCAGUCUCUCCCCCUGUCUCUUAUCUGUCCGUCUCUUGUGUGUCUGUUUCUCCCUCUGCCUGUCUCAGUCUCCGCUUGUCUCUCAGUCUGUCUUUUUGAAAAAAUGCUUUGAACAAAUGCUUGUUAGUUUUAAACAUUUGUUUUUAAUAAAACAGUGUUAAAACUUUAACAUAAUUGUUGUAAUUAAUCAAGUGAAGUAAACACAACAAUGUUUUAACAAAACCUUGCAUAACUCCCAUGUUUUUCAUAGAAGAAAAUGCAGAAGAGAAGAAAACACAUCUAUUCCAUGGUUCCCAUCAUUUUCAAGUGGAUUCACUUGUUGAAUACUGUUCAUUGUGGUCUCAUUAAUGGUUACAUCAAUGUCUGGAAUUCUAACAUUAUUAUUUGUUUGAAGUUCAGGUAAUGGCCCUUCUUCGUCAAUGACAUAGUAGUUAUCGUCAUCAAAAAUGUCAUUUAUAAUGGGAUGGAUUCCUAUAUUGUUUAUGACCCCUGUAUGCCACAGCUGAAGAGGAGUCGCCCCCCCUUGUGUGGACAGGCCGUGGUUGUUCCACUGGUUGAUAAAUUCUGUUACUGUCCUUUCAAUUCUUGGUAAAUAAACAUAAUGCAGACAAAAUAGAUGUAGUUCAUUCAAUGAAUCCAGUAUACCGUGUUCCUCCAUGAAGUUAAAAAUAUUAAUAAA